AAGCUUUUAUUAUUAGCUUCUGUAGCAUGCCUCUUAAUCUAUUGGGUUUUAUUUACCAUAACAACAGCAGGUAAUUAACCACAAUUGAUCAAUUAAGACAUUUUUCUUAUCACUAAUGAAGACUAUUCAGGUAUUUCAUUGAGUGUAGUUUAUAAAGUCAUUUGGUUACAUUUGACUAAAUUGAGAGAUUUAUUUGAGAUACAGAUUUUUGGCACUAUUCAUGGCAUCUUCAAAUAGUAUAUGGAGAAUGGAUAAAGCACCAUCAAUACAGGAAGAUGUGUAUCAUCGUGUCCGUCUAUACAGAUCACCAAAACAGACUUAUACAAAAGGGACGAGAAUAAUGUAUGAAUACAAUGGGCUUACUGGCAACAACUGGCUAAGUUCCAUUGGAAUAGAGAAUCGGGAAUCUCAAAAACAUUUGCAAAUUAAUACACCCAAAAGACAAAGGCCAAUUACGCCUGUUAUUAAAAUAAAUAGUAUUCUAGAGCUUGGGAUAAAAGAACGUGCUAAAAGUGCAAAUGCCAUUCUUGGACGGAGACAUUUUGAUACAAAAGAUAGUGCCUUAUGUGGAGACAAUGUUAUGACAUGUAAAUCUGUAUUUCCGAAAUCUCAACAGAUUGAUGGAAUCAACGAUAUAUGUAACGAUACAGUCUGUGAUGGUGCUAAUACAACGAGAAAUGGAUCAAUCUCAUUGGACCUAUCAGAACUCCCAAAAAUAGACCCCAUGAUACAAUGUAAGGAAUUUAUAUAUAAUGAUAAAUUCCAAAACAGACCACAAACACAUAUCGGCUAUCAUCACAUUAAACGUCCAUUUGAAAAUUGGCAUCAAAAUAAGACGGAGAAUGUUAAGGAGGAAUUCCCUAACUUGAAUAUUAGACAACUCAUCGCUUGUAGACAAAAUGCUAAACAGGUAAAAGAGGGGACAAACGAGAAUGAUGGUGUAAAAGAUAAGCAGACAAGUGAACAAACAACAGUAUUUGUUGAGCAAGAAACCGUUUGCUUUAACACUAUCGACAAUAUGAAAAAAGCAUUUGCAGAAAGAGUAAAAUCAGCCCCUGUCCAACCUCAUAAAGAUCCAAUCAAUGAUAAAGAAGGUGGAAUUUCUAAUAAGGGAAUAUGGGAAUCCAAGGACCCUUAUCUUGCAUUCUUGAAAAGUAAAAAGACACAGGUUUCUAGACAGAAGAACGUGACCAAAAUAAGAGGGUCUUUCCUGAAACCAUUGAUGUACAGUGAAGAUCUUGAUAUAUGCUGCCAUAACCAUGGCAAAUGUAAUGAUUGUUUCAAAGCUUGCUUGGCAUCGGACGAUGUUGUUGAAAAAGUGAAAAAUGACAAUAGACAAGGCAAACUUGUGAAAUCCACAAGAAAAGUGAGGCCCAAACCGAAGUUGUUAUUGAAAAGAAUGAACAAAUCAUAUGAUGAGUCUUGGAAACCAAAAUGAACUGACACUGCGUUUGCAGAAUAUGAGUUCGAUUGAAGAGUAUUCUCCAGUAUGAGUCUGUGUUUCAUGCCAAAAAAGUGAAGUUGGCUAUCUAAACUUGAAUUUCACGAAGAGGUUAUACAGGGUGGCCAAGUCUCUGUAGUUUAUGGAAAUCUGUAUUGUAAAUCUUGCACGGCCGUUCUGGGUCAUGCAGUUUGUACUAUCAAUACAAGUAAUAUUCUUUUCAAAUUAUUAAAUAUGUAUGUCUUAGAAAUGGGCAUUCCUCUGUUCAAAAAGUCUUAUAUAGCACUUUUUUACAAUUUUGAUGGAUUCAAUUAAUAUCAUUCAGUAAUGGUAUUCUGUUGUUAAACUUUGCUACCUAGUUAACACACUAUGAAAUGCAAAAAGUAAAUAACCAACAAAAUGAAGUCUUGUGAUAAAACAUGUUAAUUGAACAUUGUCUUUAUGCAUGUAUUAGCAGUUUUCAAUUCAAUUCAGCUUUAUUUUUUACUUAUAUAUAGUAUUAACGUUUUACACGAAGUUGAGAACUGAAUCGUUUUUUGGCAUUCUGGGUAAAUGCUAAGGCGGCUACCUUUCCAUCCCGAAAACUGUAUUCUAUUCAUGGGUGUGAUCCUGUUCACUCUAUGUCUUGUUUGUUUCGUCUUAAAAAGCAC